ACAGAGGUGGUGUGAGUGAGGAAGGGAUCGGAGGGAAGAGAGAAAGACAUGACAAAAAUAUCAAAAGGCAGAAAGCACGCCGUACCAUGCGAGCCAAACUGGCUACCGACGGGAUCGAGGAUGUCGGAUUAAUGGUGACGACCGCAGCCCGUUUUCGCAGAGGAAGCUUCUCUAUCGCAACUUGGGCGCAGAGGGUCCGCGGGGAAACAUGGCCGAAGGAGGGCCGGGUAAAGGUGGCGGUGGCGCUGGCCGAGAAGACCCCGCCAAGUUCACCGAGCAGGAGGAGAGGACUCGAGCCCAGGUCCUGUCCGGAUCGGGCUUCUGCAAGUGGUUCAACGUCCGGAUGGGCUUUGGAUUUAUAUCAAUGACGAACAGCGCGGGGAGCCCCGUCGACCCGCCUCUGGAUGUUUUCGUCCACCAAAGCAAACUGGUGAUGGAGGGUUUUCGCAGCUUAAAGGAGGGUGAGCAGGUGGAGUUCAUCUACAAGAAGUCCUCUAAGGGCCUGGAGUCCCUGCGGGUGACCGGACCUGGUGGAGGACCUUGUGCGGGCAGUGAGAGGAGACCUAAAGGGAAGGUUCCACUCCUGAAACGUAAACCAAAGGGAGAUCGCUGUUAUAACUGUGGAGGUCUGGAUCACCAUGCCAAGGAGUGUGGCCUGCCCCCCCAGCCAAAGAAAUGCCACUACUGCCAGAGCAUCACUCACAUGGUAGCCCAGUGUCCCCACAAGGCGCUGGCACCCGCCGCAGGCUCUCAGGACCAACAAGCGUCUACCUCGGCCUCCGCUCCAGGGACGGGGCCUCACCUCUGCCUCCCUGAGGAGGAAGAGCGCUCCGGUUCAUCUCCCCUGGAGGGGUCCUCCUCGUCACCCGAGGAGCCACACACACACCGCAGCUCACGGACCCAAAGGUGGAGGAAAUCCUGAAAAUGUUCUGUCGAGGUGAACUUUUUUUCCCCCCAACACACAGCCUCUGACCAUCGUGUCUACCUUCAGUCAAGGUUACCUGAAGCCCCCCUUCCUCCUCGUCUACCUCACACUUGUGAAAAAAAAAAUAAAAAAUUGGGAGUUUUUUUUUUAAAUUAUUAUUAUUAUUAUUUCUUUUAUUUUUCAUUGUGUUAUUUUUCUAACCAGCACAGCUGUGGCAGCGAUCAGCGGGGUACGGACGUGCAUGAAUGUGUGCGACUGACUUGCAGUCAUCUGGUGCAGCUAUGGAAACGACUGCUGGAAAGGUGACUGCAGGGAAUAAUUCUUUGUUUCAAUCUGUGCAGCUCAAUGGUGAAAUGUCAUUUGUGUGUAGGUUUUGAUGACUGUGUUGUUUCUGCUCCCCCUCUGACCUGAAGGGUGGCUAUUUUAAAAGCCCCCUUCCUGCUUAUUUUGCAAACUGAAAGCCACAACUUUAUACUGUAAGCCUAAUCAUUCAGAGAGAGAGAGAAACAAAUCCUGAUUGCAUCUUCACAGCACACAUGGUAGCUCAUUUUAAAAUGGAUUAGGGAACAACUCUUAAGAGCUUGAGUUCCUCUAAGUAAUAAUCCAGACCCACAGGGCUUUUAGCCUGGCUUCUAGAGAUCUUUUGGGGAAACUUAAUGCAUUCCUGAGGGGUCGUUUUAAAAGCUGCUGAGCUGCUAGAGUAUGUUUUCUCUCACUUCAAAACCCUCGAUACAUAUCGCUGGACCAACUGAUUGUUGAAGUGUGAGCAAGUGCAAGACUGAGAACAAAGAGGGAGAGUGUGUGCGUUUCAUCGAUACUCCGAAAGAAAUCAGAAUAGUCAAACUGGAGAACUGUCUUCUUCAUGGGCGAAUCAUGGCUGUUAAAACUCCACCGUUUUCCUAUUAUCACAGAUAGACGCAUAUUAUAAAAGGCAAAUAUAUAAUUAGUCUAGAUAAUAGUUUAGAUUUUAAGUAAAGGCCUUAUCAUUAGACUUCCAUUUUGGUUGUUGCAUAAUUAGUUUAAAGUAGUUUUUAAUAUAUAUAUAUGUAAAGUUACAAGAUAUAAUUAAAAUUAUAUUAACAUUAAGUAAGCGUAUAUAAAGACUUGGCUCUGAUAUAGGUGCACAGCCCUGUUUUAAGUGCGUGGGAUACAUCGUGGUGUGUGAAAAUUCUCCCUCUUUACCCAUUUUCUAUGUAGACAAUUCCAUUUUUGUACUUCACUCUUUCUCAGACCGAUUAGUUUAUACAGUCCCUUGCAAAAGUUUUAACACCCCUUUAACUUUUUACAUGGAUUGUUGUGUAACAACUGCACGCCUCAGCACAUUUAUUGGGUAUUUUAUGUGCUUGACCAGCGUAGAAUGGGGGAUAUUUCAGGUCUAAUAAGUAAAAAAAAAAAAAAAAAAUUACAGAGUGUUUGUAUCCAGCACCCCUGAGUCGAUCCUUUUUGCUGUGAUUAAAGGUGCAAGUCUUUAGUGGUGUGUCGCAGCCACACAAUAUAUCUAAUGGGAAUUGCAAUAUGCAGUAUUUGAAUUGUCUGGUUUCGAAAGUCCCAAUUUCAAAUGAUUCCUUGGAUGGAACUUUUGGUGGAAUAUAAUUUUUCAGGUACCAGUCAGUCAAUUUCUGCAUGCCAGCAAUUUAUUUGGCCAACUGUAUGAGAAUGUUGUUAAUUUUUAACGACAAUGGAAAAAAAAUAAUAAUCAGGAAGUUGGCUUGCCACGGUUUCUCAACUUGAUUUUGCUCUGGUCUUUGACUAGGCCAUUCUAGCACACAAAUAUGCUUUGAUCUGAACGAUAGGAGCUCUGUCUGUAUGUUAAGUGUCGUCUUGUUGAAAGGUGAUCCUCAAGGAUCCAGUGAUUUUUUUUUUCCUGGACUAUCCCGUAUUUUGGCUCCAUCCAUUUUCCCAUCAAAUCCUUCCAAGUUCUGUAAGAUAGAUUUUUUGAGAGUUGUCAGACUGAAGGGGGGCUGAAUACUAAUACACAUCACACUUUGUAAAUUCUUAGAUAACCAUAUAUAUGUCUUACUCCUGCCCUUUCACAAAAAACCCUAAUGAUAUUCAUUGAAGUUGUGUCAAAGUUUAAAGGGCAUAACACAUUUGCAAGGUACUGCAUGGUCACAGCACAAAACUCACCUUGAAGAUGUAGUUUCUAGCAUAACCUCAUUACCAUAGCUGCUUUACUCACAUAAUACCUCACAACUUCUUCCUUCGGGAAGUGAAUGUCGAUAAUGUCUGCUCUCUUAGUGUUUUUUUAAAAAUGUUUUCCAGUGAAGUCGAACCAUAUUUUCCUCAUCCGUCAGUGCCUAGCGUUUGUCAGUCAGCACCAGUCAGGUGAUGGGAUGACGUCUCUGCUGCUGCUGCUGCUCCAGUCUCAAAACAAUGGAGGGAGAAAUAGCCGGACGGAUUGGUAUAACGGCUUUCGGUAUAACUUGAAUCCCAAGCAUGGCUUUAGUGGCACUUACUGACCCUAACAACUCUUCUCUGACCAUACUGAAUGUGAAAAGAGCUCAUCUGAAGUCGACUCCUCACAAAGUUCACGUAAGGUCGCUUUGGAGUUGUAUCUUAAUGUUCUGACAAAUCAAAUAACUUUGUACAAGUAUAUCAAACUGGCAUGUGGGCUUUUGAAAAGCUCUGUAAAGACAACCAACCUUUUUGGUAUAUUUCUGUACCAAAGAGGUUUGGCUUUUUUUGUUUGUUUGUUUUUCCUUUUCUUGAAGGCAUUUAAAGUUAAGACUUGCUGAAGUGCUUGCUUUUUCGGAAAUAGAGCAGCUUCUUGCUGAAAGUGCAGCAAAGUGUUUUCUAAAUAAUAUACAGCUUUGAAUGUGUGAGUGCGUUGAAAAUCAAACAACAAAUGCAGCUUGACAGAAAAAGAAAACAAAAAAACAGUGGUUGACCAAACUGCAACUCAUGCUUAAAUCUCUAUGGAAACAUCUUUUUGUAUGACAUAUUUUUUACAUUUUUACACACAGCUCCUCUCAGGAUGAUGAACUCGUCUCAGGGAAUUAACCAAAAAAAAAAAAGAAAAAAAAAGCAAAGAAAAAAAAAAGCAAAGAAGUGUUUAUUAUUCUUUUGGGAAUCAUCCACUGACGGACUCCACAAACUCUUAAGCAAUGGCGAAGAGACAUAUAACCAGUUCAAGUACUGAUGAUAGCAACUACCUCCUGAGUUACACAUAGCUGUUGGUUUCUGGGGUUUUUUGUUGUUGUUAUUUUUUAAUCGAGCUGUAUUACUUUUAGUCUGUAUAAUAAUCGUCUUAGACAGUCUUUUGUGUUGCCACAGAUUUCCCCGUCUUCCUUUCCAGAUUUAAUAAUUUUUUUUCUUACUGGAAAACUAUUGCUUUUUUGUUUACAGCAAAAAAAAAAAAACCUACCUCAUUAGCGCUAUUCCUCGACAAGCUCCUUAACUUCUCCCAGGUCGCAUGCCUCCUCCAUGCAGUUUUUUUUAUUAUCAUUACUUUGUGUCCCGAUGGUUUUAAGAAAUCAGCCCUGAUGUGGCUUUUCACUUGUUUCUCCGUCAUUUAUUACCGUUGGUUUCUUUUUACUUGCCGCUUUUCCUAAACCCUUCGCAAGAUCUCAAAUCUGCGAGUAAUGAGUGAACAACCAUUACUUUGCACAAAGGCAGUGAGUUUACCUCAGCUUGUUGGGCUAGCUAUUCACAAAUGUAAUAUUUCGUGGUUGUGAAACUCAUUUUUAAGAUACUACGACUGUUUUUUUGACUUUGCAUUUUAUCGUAACUGGGUUUUUUUUAUAACCACUUGAUGAUUUGCCUAACGAGAAGAAGAAUAGAUUUGCACUUGAGCAAAGAUUCCCUGUGUUUUUUGUUUUUAUCACUUUGAUUUGUUACCAAAUAGAUAUUAUUACCUGUUUGCAGGCUCCAUGGUAAUGGUCUUAGUCACCCAUUUUCACAGCUCAAGAUAAUCAAAAGUUGUUUCUGUUAGAUAUUGCUAAUUGAUGUUAAUGAUUACAUUCGUGCAAGCUUAUUUGUUUUAUAUAUACUAGAGACAAUAACAUUUACUCUUAAAAAUCAAUAGGUUUUGUACUAAAUGUGAUUUGUUUUCAUUUAGUGACAUUCCUAAAAGUGUUUUUGAAUUCAAGAGAUUAAACGUUGCGUAUAAAAGCA